AUGAUCGCCCUCCCCUUGAAGCAGGCCCAACCGAUCGAUUGGGUGGCACCAUUGCGGUCUUAUUUGACGAACGUGUAUGGUUCCUCGAAUGAAUUCGCGUCUGAAAUUACAACCUUCAACUCCAUGCGCGAAAGUGUAUCGGAUCCGCCUUUGACCACAAGUGGGCGGGACCUGCUCUAUCGGUAUUUUGGCCAGCUUGAUUUACUUGACAUGCGUAUUCCACUCAGCGACCGAGGUUGUCGGAUAAAAUUCGAAUGGCGGAACCUUUUUGAUGGCGAGACAGUGGUCCAAUCGUCUGCCGCUUUCGAAAAGGCCUGUGUGUUGUUCAAUCUAGCUGCUGUACAAUCUCACAUUGGAGCCACAAACGACCACAAAACAUCGUACGCUGCCUACCAAGCUGCGGCCGGUAUUUUCAAAUUUAUUAGUGAGUCGUUUUUGCAUGCACCCACCAUUGAUUGUGCCAGUGAGACGGCCCAAACUCUUUCGGUACUGAUGCUCGCCCAGGCCCAGCACGCUUUCCUGAACAGAGCAAUUGAGGGUCAGACCAAGCCUGGAUUGCUGUCAAAGCUUUCAAAAUCUGCGGCAGACAGGUAUGCAGAAGCUGGAACUCGCCUAGAAGCUCUCUACAAUGAUGAAUCCUGGGGUGAGUCUGAGUGGUACGAACACUGCAACGUCCAAGCGCAGACUAUGCUUGGCAACGCCAAUUUAUACAUGUCGCUGCAUCUUGAUUCUACCAAGAAGUUUGGAGCUGCAAUUGCUCACAUGAAAGAAGCCAAGACAAUUUUCAAAGAAUUGCCUGAAUCAGACCAGUCAUAUGAGCUGGCCUGCGAAAAACUCAAGACUAUGGAACGUGACAACGAUCUUAUUUAUCAUGAGGUUGUGAGCGCUGUGUUUGAGGAUCUUCCUGCCACCGACGCAGCAAAGCCCACCCCUCUUGAAAAACUGUAUAUUGAUCAAAAUGUCGCUAGCAAAGUUGUCGGCCGGGAUUUGUUCUCCAGAGUGAUUCCUUUGGAUGUCCAUGAAAGAGCAAGCAUGUAUUCGGAAGAGAAGGCACAGAUGCUGCGCAAUGAGCAAGAAAAAGUUGAUGUUGCCGAUGAAGAGCUAAAGUCUGCUCUAGAAUUCAUGGACUUGCCCCGAUCUGCCAGUAUGCUUCGCCAUCCCGACCAGUCGGCAGAGGAUAUCAGUGGCGUUCCUGGUCUUGUAAAAGAGUGGUCGCAAGAAGUCUCGAGUGCUGGUCCGCUUGUUUUUGACUUGGCUGCCCGGCGACAACGUAUUCUUGACCGAGUGCAGACUGGCGUUGAAACUCACAGUGCCCAACGAAUCAAACAAUCACUGAUUGCCGCAGUGGCGACUGACAAUGAGCUCGAGGCGAGCCACAAUAGAUGUAAGGCAGAUGUUGAUAUUCUCCGUCAAGGAUUUGGUGCAGGUAGCCCGUUGUCUCAAUCGUUUGUAUUUUCAGCCACUUCGGCCAUCAGUUUGCUUGAUCUCGAUGACUCUGAGCGUGCAACCGUAAAUGAAAGUUUGGAAAACGUGCUAAACGACGUUGUAAAGCUCCAAAAAAUCCACAACGAACGUCGAAAAGUGUUUGCAGAGUUUAAAGAAAAGGUCCACGCUGAUGAUAUUUCAGAUAAGCUGGUUGCUCAUCGUAAGACUGCUCAUAUUGAAGAAGCUCUAUUCAAGCCUGAACUUGCCAAGUUCUCGCCUUAUAUCCAGCGAGUUGAUUCUACGGUAAGACAUCAAACUAUUCUUUUGAAUGAGCUGAGCAAUUUGUGGAAGCAGACGCUGGCUUCACCUAUCGUUCGCAAACAAGCGAGUGAUCGCGAAAGUGUCUUGUCUCAGCGUGCAGUUGCAAUUGAGCGCUACCGUCAAGCGUAUGAAACCUGGCUUGCCAUUAAAGAAGGCCUCAACCGCGCACACAAAUUCUACGACGAUUUGGAGGGCUCGAUCGUGCCGGACAUGGGCUCACUUUCUAUUUCUGCUACAAAUACAGGGCAGGCACCAGUUCUGCCCCCAAAACCGUCAGAUUUUUCGGGAUACACCAUGCCGUCGGCUUACGACUCUUCGCUAUACCAGCGCUAAUUAAGCCUUUCAAACUCUGUUUCGACCAACCGGACAAAACUGACGAUGCCCGCAUCGACAACUGCCAGGACUACCUGCUUUUUGCCUUGUUUGAUUCGAGUAAUUGGCGACCGUUUGGGUGCCUCGUUCGUUUCGGGCACACUGGCGAACAGACCCCGCGUUUCAGUAAGGGUGGGUAUGUUCUGACGGCGAGCAUCAACGACACGUACGUAGAAAUCUGGUGGGAGCGGCUUGGACUUUUUGAAUUGCGUGCCUGGCUUGUAGACGUGAUAAUGGGCAGCAAUUGGUUCGACAUGGGUUUGCCGAGCAGUAGAAACAAUUGAUAGAUCACGAUAAACCUGAGAAUACGACCUGUACACUGAACGCCAUGCCAGCUGUUCAUGCCACGGCUGGGUUAACCAAAACCAAAAGCCCUGAGACUGCCUGAGGUGUUGUAUUGGUUCUGGGACACAUUGCUCGAGAGCAGGCGCUCUGCGGACAAUGUAACCGAGCUUUUUUAAAUAGGAGUACACGAGCAUAUUUUCCUGUCGACACGCACUCAUGCAAAACGCACAAAUACCCUCAAUACUCAGAGCGUUGCCCCUGUACAUGACCUGCAGCGUCCCGCGCUGAGCUAGAUAAACAGCUUCUUCUGGAUCAAGGAACGUCGCAGUCCGCUCAGCCUUCCCCAUCGUGAAAAAGUGGGUUCCCUUUGGCUUGUCGACUCUGACCUGUUGUCGCUCCGAGUCCCAUUCGCCAUAGACAAGGUUUUUUGCCGAAGUGGCUCGAGGGUGAUUCAGCGCAUCGUACAUGGCAUUUCUACUGCGGUCUAGGAUCGACUGCUGGAUAUUUGUCCCGUCAGGAGCAAAGUCCUUUUCGCCUCGCUUCAAAACAGCAGCAUCUUGGACCCUGGUAAGCGCCAACCAGUCUUGCACCUCAUCUUCGCUGUCGCUCAUCGGGAUCUUUUUGUCAACCGUUCUCCCAAAACACUGCGCAGUU